AUGUUACCUCAUCAAAGGGAAAGCUCCCCAUUCCGAUCCAAACCCGUUUCCAGGGUAACGUCCUCGACACGAUUGAACCAAUUAUCAUUAGAAUCAAGAGGAUCUCCAAGCAACAACUCCAGACCAUCCACACCAUCAGCAUACAUUCCUUCCUCAUUAAACCCUUUGAAGUAUGGUUCGAAUAAUCAAGAUAAUCUAGACGACAAGGUACGAUCGACCGAAGAAAUUGAUGUAUUCAAUCUGCUACCUAUAGUUUCAAAGAUUGGUGAUUUUCGAGCAGCUUUAGAUACAUUGAGUAACGGUAUCUCGCAUUACAAGGAAGAUGAAUUUUAUGCAAAUGUGGAGGGAGUGGUAGAAACAAACUCGAGCCUAGAAAAGGAAAUUCACGAGUUGAGUAAACAUAAAGAACGUAGUCGAGAGGUUGCUAGACUUUCAAACAUAAACAAAGAUCUCGAUACAAAAUUAAAGGACAAUUUGAGAAAUUUAGUACAGUUUCGAAACGAUCUAAAGAAAUUACCAAGCUCUCACGAGAUCAAUGCCAAGAACGAAAAGUUGGAAUCUCCUGUAGACGUGGAAAGCAUAUUGAAUUACUCCAUGAAGCUAGCGAAGUUCACCAAAGCACCAGCAGCUGUGGGGAAUAUGGCUUUCCAAAUACACCCUAACAAUUACAUAUGGCCAGCAGAAGAUUCAUUAAGACGGGGAAUGUUAGCAAUGAGUUCAUUACAUGCUAACGAGAUAAUCAAUGCAGAACUACUGGACGGCAAAGAGAAAGCAAUGGACGAGAAGGAAGGUGAAGAUAUAGAACCUCAAUUCAAAGAGACAAAUGAGGAGCACUUCGCCGGCAAGGACAAGCAAAAACCACAGGAAGGGAGCAACUCAGCUAAGACAGAGAAUACAUCUCAAGUUGAUCUCGACUUGGACUUAUUUGACCCCGAUGACGAAUACUCGGACUGA